CCUAUUGUUUAAUUUAUGAUACCGGCUGGGACCAAGAGAUGUCGGCCGCUGGAGCAGAUCCCCAAGGAGAACAAAGAGCCUCCUCUCGACAUCGAACAUGCCACACCGGAGGCUGUGCCGCUGCAUAUGCUCCAACUGCUGGACCAAUACAAGGGCGAAGUUCCUAAAAUCUCCUCAGCCGAACUUAUGAUGCAUCUCAUCUACCUGCUGGCCCUGGAGAGCGGAUUUGUGGAGAAUGAGACCUACAACCAGACGCGCCACAAGCUUAAGCCGGUGCCCGCCUUCAGCAGUUUCCAUGCCGGCAACGUGCGGAUUCUCAGCCUCGAAACGACCCACUAUGUAGUCGAAUUCAACGACACCAUGUUCACCAUUAAACUGCGCACGCUUCAGGACAAGCAUGCGACGGAAGAGGCCGCCCUGGUUGUUGCCAUGCAGUCCACCCUUAGGGCCGUCCACCUCGGCGAUGAGCUGAUGGUUAGCCUUAGUCCCCCAGUGUCCUCCAAGCUUCCGGGCUAUAGCAUAGCCCUCAGCAUCGCACGCUAUGUCCUCAACAUUCAGGCGAAAGGAAAACCGAUCUUCAAUCGCUUUCGCAAACUGGACAAUCUCUCCUAUCUGAUAAAGCAGCACAUCUUUUAUCCGAUGCGCACCCAGCAACUCAUGCAGGUCAAUCACCAGCUGUUGCCCUCACUCAUGGGCAUGCCCGAGGAGCUGUACGAGAAGAUAUUUCGGCAUCUCAGUCGCAGUCAACUGAAGAUAGUGGCAAAGGUUAAUAGUCAUCUGAACUACCAUACCAAAAGGGUACUGGAGCGUUUCGAUCCAAAAUUCUCCUAAAUUAUCGUUUAUUUCUGUGAAAUGAAUCUUUUUUUUUUUGUGGUGUAUUUGUAAACAUUAAAUAUAUUUAGUGUUUAAGGCAUUAGGUGUGGUUCUGUUUAAAGAUCUGGAUAUAUGUACAUAUUAAAUUUCCGAAAAUACCAGACAAACCAUAAAUACAUAUAUUAAAAAAUAUGUUUAAAAUUGCAAAACAGAAAAGACCUUUUAAGAAUAUAUGUUUGGGAAAUAAAAA